UCUAAAACCCCUCUUUCUCUAUUCUCCAAAACUCUUCCCGCUGCUCGAGCUGGAUUGUUGUAUUCUACUCUUCUCGAAGCUCAACUGCUCACAAAAAUGUCUACGGAUUUAAAGGCAGAUUCAUCUGAAGGUGGACGGAAUUUCAAGGUAUUCAACUUUCGCGAUGAGAAGAACAUGCUCCUUGCAUCAGUCAACAAACAAGAGACGCCGUUUGAUUUUUUACGCAUUUUAUAUGAGGGUGCAGUAGCUGGAGCAGCUGCUGGUGUUGUUGUAGAAACUGUAUUAUACCCAAUUGAUACAAUAAAGACUCGACUUCAAGCAGUUCGUGGUGGUGGAGAAAUAAUUCUGAAGGGUCUCUAUUCAGGCUUGGCUGGAAAUCUCGCAGGAGUCUUACCAGCUUCGGCAAUAUUUGUCGGAGUGUAUGAACCUACAAAGCAGAAAUUGCUGAAGAGCUUGCCUGAAAACUUUAGUGCCUUGGCUCACUUGACUGCAGGUGCUGUUGGAGGUGCUGCUUCUUCAAUUAUUCGUGUACCAACAGAGGUAGUCAAGCAAAGGAUGCAGACUGGGCAAUUUGCUUCAGCCCCUGAUGCAGUACGCCUUAUCAUUUCUAAGGAAGGUUUUAGAGGCCUUUUUGCAGGAUAUGGCUCUUUUCUACUGCGAGACCUACCUUUUGAUGCUAUGCAGUUCUGCAUAUAUGAGCAGCUCCGGUUGGGAUAUAAGUUAGCUGCAAAAAGGGAUCUGAAUGAUUCUGAGAAUGCAAUGAUUGGUGCUUUUGCAGGUGCUGUUACUGGAGCCGUAACAACUCCUCUUGACGUGAUAAAAACUAGACUGAUGGUUCAGGGAUCAGCAAAGCAGUACCAGGGUGUUCUCCAUUGUGUUGGAACUAUUGCAAGAGAAGAAGGAACGUCUGCUCUUUUUAAGGGGAUGGGACCAAGAGUGCUUUGGAUAGGUAUUGGAGGUUCAAUAUUUUUUGGAGUGCUUGAGAAGACCAAACAACUGCUUGCCCAGAAAAGACCAGUUGACCAGAACUCCAAUUGAUGCACAAAUUGCACAAUCGUAUUCUUGCCUGGAAGAUGGAUAGGAUAUUUAGCUGCGAUGCUAUCUUCAUAUGGGCAAUCCUUCUGAUUCAAACACUAGGUAAUGUUUAGCAAGAAAUAAUGCAUUGACUUUGUUCACGGCUAGCAGUGCUCAUUUUUAACACUGCAUAUUCUUGAAAUCUGUACUAAUAAAAUCAUUUUGGGUA